AUGAGUGGUGUUCGAGAAAUUGUGUGUAGGUUUUGUCUUAAUACUGUAACUGAUAAAAGUUUCGAAAUAAUAGACAACGCUACUAAAGACAUUCUACAUGUUCUGUUGCUGAAAUUGAAAUUUGAUGAUGAGAGCAAAGAGGUUAUAUGUAAUGUUUGCAGAAGAAAGUUACAUGCAGCAUUUCAGUUUAAGUCAAUUUGUCUGAAUAGCGACAACACAAUUAUUCCAUAUGUGGAUAGCGAGAAAAUGUUACAGCUCGAUAUAAGAGAUGUGUAUGCGAAGGAAAAUACCAGCGAGUCAAUGGAUAUUUCAGAUAAUCAGAAAAUAUGUCGAUUGUGUAUGCAGCCAGUAGAAAGUGAGUUUAGGUGCAUACGUGAAGAGGAACUUGAAGCUAUCGAGAAAUUGGCUCCUGAAAUGAUUACAGGUAUCAUCAAAGAUCCCAUUGUAUGUAAUUCAUGCUUUGAUUCUUUGUGUACCCACAACAGUUUCCUAAAACAUUGCCUAAAAGUAGAAGAAAAGAUUAGUGAUAACUGA